GUACCGUUGCCUACGUGUGUAUUUUCAGGUGGUCGACUUAAUAUUCUAAGCAUUUAGAAAAUUCGAAAUUUUGUUUAUCAUUAAAUACUAUCAAAUAAAGUGCUUAAAUGGCGAAUAUUAGCGGAAAAACACUAUUGUCAGCGAAUCGUGCUUUUGGAGCAGCAUUAAACACGAAUGCCGUACGCACUCAAUCAUGGUUUGCUGGGGUGCAAAUGGGUCCACCUGACGCUAUUUUGGGCGUUACCGAGGCGUUCAAACGUGAUACAAACCCGAAAAAAAUCAAUCUAGGUGUUGGCGCUUAUCGUGAUGAUAAUGGCAAACCCUGGGUAUUACCUAGCGUGCGCACGGCUGAAGAACGCGUUGUUGCCAAGCAAUUGGACAAGGAGUACGCAACCAUCAUCGGUAUUCCGGAUUUCUAUAAUAAAGCUAUUGAAUUGGCGUUGGGCAAGGACUCGGAACGUUUGAGAGAAAAGCACAAUGCUACAACGCAGUCGAUCAGUGGUACAGGGGCUUUGCGUAUUGGUGCUGCCUUUCUGAGCAAAUUUUGGCAAGGUAAUCGCGAGGUGUAUGUACCCACACCCACCUGGGGCAACCACGUACCUAUUUUCGAGCACUCCGGUCUUCCGAUUAAGAAAUACCGUUAUUACGAUCCCAAAACAUGUGGCUUGGAUGUAAAAGGCUGCUUCGACGAUAUUAGCAAAAUCCCAGAAAAGUCCAUAGUAUUACUACAUGCGUGCGCCCAUAAUCCCACAGGCGUCGAUCUGUCGCUAGAGCAGUGGAAGGAACUGUCUCAAUUGAUAAAGAAGAAGAAUUUAUUCCCCUUCUUUGACAUGGCCUACCAAGGUUUCGCCUCUGGCGAUGUUGAUCGCGAUGCUCAAGCUGUGCGUAUUUUCGAAAAAGAUGGUCAUUUGUACUGUCUGGCGCAGAGCUUUGCCAAAAAUAUGGGUUUGUACGGCGAACGUGCCGGUGCUUACUCAGUCAUCGCUGCCAGCAAAGAGGAAGCCGACCGUGUUACAUCACAAAUUAAGAUUCUCAUUCGUGCUCUCUACUCAAAUCCACCAAUAAAUGGCGCACGUUUGGCGGCCGAAAUACUCAACGAUCAAGGGUUGAGAGCCAUUUGGCUGAAGGAUGUGAAAACGAUGGCUGAUCGUAUUAUUAAUAUUCGUGCGCAAUUAAAGGGCAAUCUGGUGAAAUUAGGCUCAUCGCGCUCAUGGGAUCACAUUACCAAUCAAAUUGGUAUGUUCUGCUAUUCUGGUAUGACAGCAGAAAAUGUCGAGCGAUUGUCGAAGGAGUUCAGCAUUUAUUUGACCAAAGAUGGCCGCAUCUCGAUGGCGGGAGUGACUAGCAAGAAUGUUGACUAUUUGGCGCAUGCAAUGCACGAAGUUACCAAGUAAACGUGCAAGUAUUGGGAAAUUGAAAAAAAAAAAAUUACUUAUAAUGCACAUUUAAGCAAGCGGCCAGGUUGCCGCUAAAGUUGAUCGCAUUGGCACAAUUUUAUUAAGUAAUAAAAAUGCAAGUCUUAUAUAAUAGUUUAGAAAACAAUCAUUUAGUGUACCUAUGCGUUUAUAUUUGCUUAAACGAGCAAUAGAAUGUAAUCUAAAAGUAAAGCAUUUAAAAGUCGAUUUAAAUAAAGAAAACCACAACAUGCACAAAUUU